UCGGCCAUUUUUGUUUUGGUUUGUGUUGCCGACUUUUCGUACAUAAACUUUCAGAACAUCAAGUGAUCUUCCUCGCUACUAUGGGGGUUAUUAAUGUUAUCGAGCAUUUCCGAAAUCGUCGUAACCAAGGAAUGAUUGAAAAUUAUGGAGUAGAUCAUGCUUUCAAUAUAAGACCCGGCACUCGCCGGAGCUCCGUUGGGUAUUCUGUUGUGAGUCGCCGGGCACAUUUCACACUGCUAAAGUCGCGGUCACCACACUCAAGUCGCUCUUCGGCGGGUGCUGUACCGAGAGCUUUGGAGGAAGAGUACUUUGAACCCACUAACCCAGAGACCCCCCAACAAGAAUCAAAUCAAAGGCGACAUACACGUAAUCGAUCGCAGAAGAAAAAAAUUCAAUAUAAUUCAAGGAACACUGGACGCAGAUUGAAAACUGGGAGCCGACCCAAGAGGAGAUAUGAGAAUUUGUGCUUUCUGCUGAGUUUGAGCGACCAUGAAGAAAUUGGAGAACUUGAUAUCUCUGAUUUAGUCAGCAACAACACAUCUGUGUUUGCAAAACUUUUGAGUAAUGAGGAAAGCAUGAAGGUUUGGAGCGAGUUUGUAAACCUUUCUGAUGAAGAACAGGAAGCUGUUAUGGGACAGAAGAGGAAAACAGCUGCACCUGCUCAAAACAUUGAUAGGGGAAACACAGCUGAAGAUGAGCAUAUUCCCACAGAGCGAGAUGCAGUAGCAAUUGCAGAAAAGGCUUUCAACAAAAUCGGAGGACACAUUAGAGGAGUUCUUACGAAAAAACAUUUUCCAAUGGGUGGCUUAAAACACCAUGAACAGGAAGUGAUUGCAUACUUUUCUGAUGAUCCCACUGCAGUCAUGAUCUCCUCCGUCCCGUCAAGUUUUGAUAGGUUGUUGGUGCAUGGGGUAUGUCAGUUCCUAGGUUUGAAAUCAAUGAGUACCAGUCGCAAUGGAGACCGCAUCAUGGAGAUUGAAAAUAAACAAGAAACGUUUUGUAUUCCAUCUCUCCUUCUCUCCCAAUAUUUGGAAAAGCGUAGAUAGCAUUGAAGGGUAGACUAGUUGUAUAUACCAGUGGAUUCUCAGACAAAAUCAAUUAUUAAUACAGUGGUGUUUGUAGAAAUUUGUGUUAGAUAGGGUUCAAAGAAAUAUUUUCCUCUUGUGGUCAGUGUCUCAAACAAAUAGGACUGUUAUUGUCCAACAAAUUUAAUUUAUCUUGGUCAACACAUAUAUAUGCAGGAAAAUAAUCCUUUAAGAAUUUUUUGCUUUUCCAAACUGUAUCAUGGUUCCAAUGUGGGAAGUGAGAUCUUUGAGUGGGAAGUGAGAAUUUGAUGAUGGGAGAAAACUAGAUCGAAAAACUUUUAAUCAAGUAAUUUGAUCACAGUGGUGUGUACUGUAUAAUAAAAACAUAUCCAUUACAAAUUAA